UGAGUCCCACCUUACCUCUCUCUGUUCCUGCUCUUGCACUGCUCUUUUCUGGUCUGGACUGGCUCAGCUCGACUCCGCGAUCCUACUCCUCCAUCCCUCCCCUCUCUGCGAGUUUCCGACUCUGCACUCGUUCUAUGCUGCUGCUGCUCGCAAUUCUCCACUUCUCUUAUCUUCAUCGACGUGCUUUGGCUUCUUUUUCUUCCUCGGUUUUGUCGUUCAGCUCCUCCCGACCCCCGGUUUAGAGUUCGUUGCGGUUUUGGAGGGAUUCGGUUCUUGAGUUAGCGCGCCACUCGGGUCUCGCUCAUCCCGAUUAGGUUUGUCCCAUCAUGACAUUGCAGGAUUCUCAACUCAGGAUUCGCCGUGAUUUGAGGUUUUGAGGUUUGGAGCCCUCGACGGGAUACGGAGGAUGAGAUCGCCGUUUCGGGAGUCUUUAGAGUUCGGAAGGUCAGGCUCUCCAAGCCGCGGGAAUGGCAAGCGUGGAUGUUAACAGUGGAUGAGGAGAGCGUUUAGUCUGACGACCGGAUCUUUGGGCUGUGGAGGUUCACGAGUCUCAGUGCGCGGAUUUCUGAAAGGUGGGAUACGUCUGUGCUAGACCUCGCCUUUCUCAUGACCGUGGCUUCGUCAUUCCCAACUUCACAAGAUAAUGAUUUAGUGAGAGCCUCCAAAGCGUAGUCAGAGACUUCAAUGGGUUUGCAUGGUGCAUUUUUGGAUGCAGAGCGGCGUUAGAAUUUGAGAUGUUUUGGUAGAACAACUCAGUCGUAAGCAUGGUACAUGCUUGGAAGUCUUGCUGGGAAAUUAGACGUAACUUCGAGAGAGGUGACAGGUGCUGAUUGUCACACUUGUGAGCAUAUCACUCUAGAUAGUUUGAAGUUGACUAUUUUAGCGUGGAGCAAUAAUGCCUCUUGUGAGGUAUGAGGUGCGGUGUGAGCACAGUUUGGCCAAUCCAGAGUUGUAUCGUUCCGCUGCUCGCGAUGACCCUGAAAGUUUGUUGGAAGGUGUUGCCAUGGCGGGACUUGUUGGUAUUGUCCGCCAGCUUGGAGAUCUCGCUGAAUUCGCAGCAGAGAUAUUUUGUGGCCUACAUGACGAACUGAUGACUAUAGGAUCACGAGGUCACGAUCUGAACAUGCGAGUGCAGCAGUUAGAGGAUGAGCUACCAGCAGUGGAAAGGGCUUUGCUCUCAGAGCCGAACCAGCUCCGAUUUGCUUAUACCAACGGCUCUGAUUGGCAUGCCAGUAUACGAAGCGAUCAGAACCACUGCACAUCGGGUGAUUUACCACGCUUUGUUCGGAAUUAUUAUGAAGAAUGCCGAGGCCCUCCUCAACUUUUUCUUCUUGACAAGUUCGAUGUGUCUGGAGUUGGAGCUUGCUUGAAGAGAUUCACAGAUCCUUCUUUUUUCAAGCUUGAAUGGGCUAGCACUGAGUUGUUGAGAGCCCAGCGAGAACAGCGUGACAAGAAAGCACGUAGAGAGAAGAAGAAGGGUAGGCGAUCGAAGACUGGACAUCCAACAGCUGCUAUCAAUCAGAUUCCGGCCAGGGUACGGUAUGGCUCUGCAAGCCUUGAAGAUUUGGAAGGACUUCCGCAUGAUUUAGCCUCUGUUUUGAAAGUCGAAAUUCCAGUUCCUUCUCAUCUGGGUGCCAAUCGCGAACCUAGCCCUCUAACACCAAGUGGUGUUCCACGUGAUUCUAAAGCUAUAUUGGUUGAAGAUCCAUCUCUACCUACGGUGAAAACUGUUCAAGUUUCAGCGAGUUCAAAAAAAUCCCAAGGAAUCAAGUCUGUCAGAAUCAGCGCUACGGAUCCUGAGAGUGCUACUCCCUCAGGGAGCACACCGAAACGUAGUGAAUCAGAUGAUACAGUAAGAAGUUCGGCGGAUAGAAUUUCCAAAAUCAUUGAGCAGGAGGAUCGUGCUGCUGCACCUGAUGUGGGACACGUUAGAGUCCUCGAGACCAAGGAGGUGAAAUCCUCUGUUGAGUCGGGAGAUGCUGCUGACGGCGUCCAAGUUUUGUCCAUAGACUCGAGAGCCACAAAUGGGUUAUUACGAGAGGAUUCAGAAGCACAGACGAAGCCUCGUUCAGUAAGAACUCCGUUAGGGACGCCAAGAGCGAAUGCGAGAGGUGAAUUUUCUAUGGAUCUCAGGGAAGGAGAUAAACAUUCUGGUAACACACUACGUGGCACGGACUCGCCUAUGCCUCUGAAAUCCUCUAGGAGAAGCGCUUAUAUGGAUGCCCACGAUUCCGUACGCUUGUCAGGGAAGUUUCUGUGGAGGAAGAAUCUGGAUGGUGACGACGCGUCUCCGAUGGGUGGCAGAUUUUCGAGGCAAGUCUCAAUGGCAAGGUCUGGCAUUUCUGGGAGCGAAUAUGAUGAAUUUGUUGAUGCGCCGUCUAGAAUUGGUUCUGAAGGGGAGUCCGACUUCGAUUCUCCUGGAAGUGUUCACAGAGCGACACAUUUCAAUGGAGAUGCGCUCAAUAAUGUAGCUUUACAGAAUCAUGUCGAGGCUCAGAAAACCUACAUUCCGCCAGGCAUGAAGCUCACGGAACCUUCACCAACUCCCGGAGCAUUAGUAGAAAUAUCAGAAGUCGUUACUGAGACCAAAGUCGUCCAAAUGGCUGAUAAUUCUAGUAAUGGGACGGUUCUGAAAAGUCUCUCGCCUAUUUCUAUGGCGUUGAACGAAGAUUCUACUAAAUCCUCAUCUUUCUUAGGGCAGUCUGAUACCUCUGCUGAUUACGCCUUAGUCCGGGAUCAACAAUCAGUAGCUCAGAAACCAGACAACCGUUCUGGUGAAGUUAUGAAGUCUCAAGGAAAUGGAAACCUAGAUUCUCAUAUUGAGGUUGUGUCUGCUAUUGCUAUUCCCAAGGACAUGGAGGAAUCUGAUCUACUAUUUAAGGGCAUUGAUCGGACUUCCUCUUCCUUGGACUCUUUGCCAAGUGCUACAAGCCCAAGUCAUGAAGGACGUGAUGCUCUGCAGCCUAGCUUCACUAUGUCCUCUCGCCAUUCUAUUUCAAGUGAGCUGAUCUCAGUAUCUAGUGACUCAGAGCCUACUUCUCCUAUAUCACCAAAAUCUCCAGCCUUCCAUGCGCUCUACUCGCCUCGAGGGUCACCUCCUAGGUCGUCGAAUAAUAUAGUUAACUCUCCACCCACGGCUUACCUGAGGUCUUCUCCUCCAAGAUCACAUGAGUCCAACUGCAGUAGCCUUUCUGUUGAAGAGGUGCCUGUGCUCUCUGAAUCACCUACAUCUUUUCCUAGAUCUCCUCACCAUGCAUUAGUUUCAGAGAGAGAUUCCUUACCUUAUGAAGUUGUUCCCCUAGAAUCGGAGCCAGUAUGUCUUCCUAGUCAACCCGUAGCUCAACUCUACCCCUUGCCUACACUAUCUAUGAGUCCGGAUCGUGAAAGUCCUUCGAAUUCUGGAGAAUUGUGCUGCCCUGUAAUUGCAGGCUUUGGUGGGCCUCCUAGUCCUCGAAAGGAUGGUGAAUCGGUUCACACUGCGCCUGCUGGCGAGGGUGAUCAUCCUGUUCUUCAGCUGAGUUCAACAUUAAAGCAUGACACUGUGACUCGAUUAAAAGAACCUUCUGAUCGUUACCAACCAGCACCGCCUCCUUUAGUUAGUUCGAAUGGAGGUGUAACUCCUAGAUCUCCUCAAUGUGCAACUCCUAGAUAUUCAGUUUUUUCUGAGUCUACAAGGUCCUCUUUGGUACUACCUUCUCGUGCUGCCGACAGUUCUGGAUCAAGUGCACCCUCCAGUCCUUAUGGGAGUCCUAAGAAGAGUUUCCAAAGGAUUUUCUUGUCAAGUCCGAGUGCACUUGCCUCACCUAGUCCUCUUCGAAAUUCCGUGGAUGAUGCUUCUUCUUAUCCUCGAAGAGAUGAAAAUAGUGCCCCUUCGAGUCCAUCAGGUAGUGUCAUCAUCAAAGACAGCCCUCCAGAAAGUCCUCGAUCAUCUGACAACGGAAGCGAAUGUGAAAGCCGUGAUUUUGAUGCAAUACAAGGUCGACCUGAAAUGUCUGCCUCAGCUGGACUUUUCAGUCAGGUGAUGAAGGAAACUUUAUCAAAGCGAGAAGUUAAUGCUGAUGAUGUCUCAUCUAUCGUGAGCGAAAAAGUUAAAUCCCCGCAGGCUUCAGCAACAAAGCCGGAUAACAACUUAAACUCACUGUUCAGUUCUAUCUCACACUCUUCAUCAAAGCAUCCAGAGGCGGCUGUCGAGAUAGCUUCAGAAUUUUCCUUGGAUAGUUCUAUGACAGAUGGCUCAGCCGAUCACUUCAUUUCUGAGAAGAAGAUAUUGUCAUCCGGAAAUCCAUUCUCCAGUCCACAGGUGGACCCUCUUCCUACUACUUUGAAGCCCAUUUCAACGAGGUCAACUACCAAAUCUUAUAGAGGUUUGGCAUCUAGUUCUUCGCCAGAUUCACCUGGAAAGGAUGAGCAAUUCUCAAGUGUUCAGUGGCGUGGUAAAGGAGUAACUCCAGCAACACCGCCUCGGACCGCCUUCAAGCUACCAUAUCAACCAUCGUUGCGAUCUCCAUUACGUUCUCCCUUACGUUCGCCCUUGCAUACGCCUAGGUCAUACUUUGCAGAGACCGGCUCAUUGAAAUGGCUUGGCAGAGUUGAUUCUGGUCUUUCUCCCAAGCCAGAUUUUUCGCUUCCUCCAAAUCUUGUGACUCACUCUGAAACCAGUUCACCCGCUUGUUCUCCCCCCCCACAGCUGGAUCUGGAUUCUCCAACAAAAAGUACCGUAUCCUCAGAAGUCUCUGAAGAUUUGGGUUCUGCUCGUACCACAGUUGUUCAUCAUUACAUUGAAGGCGAGAAAGAGGAACGGUAUCUUUUACCUGAUUCUACCAAUGUUUCAUCCUCAACGUCCUUUGUGAAUGCAGGUCAUGUCUCACCAUUGAGACGCUAUAUUCAGGAUGAUUAUGAUGAUGGACAUGUUGCACCAAAUGAGCGUGAAAGAGUGGUACCUAAUGCAACAAGCAAUUCUGACCCAUCGUAUGCGUCAAGUUCUUCAGUCGAGGAUGUUCUUUCUACCGAAGCAAUAGAUGUAAAAGAAUCUAAUGUCCUCACCAGGAAAGCAGAAAUUGAGCAAUUAGCUUUGUCAAGUGGUACAGUGGUCUCGAAUGAAUCAAUUCCUAUCACUUCCUGGUCUGCGGCUUCCUCUCCAGAUAACGAAAAUGGUGAUGGAUUUCAGCAUGCGGGUGAAGUGGAUAUGGAUGAUGCAGCUCACUCUUUUCAGCAAUCAAGGGCGUCCUCUUCUCAAAGGGCUGAAGAUGGUCAAGAACUUGAGAUUUCCAGGAAUGCAGAUUCGGACGUUCGGUCUUUAUACAGCAAACAUGGGUCAUUAUCCUUAUCUGAAGAAUUUGAGAGUAGAUCUCAACUAGAAGAUGUGAAUGCUACACGUCUUAUUGCUGCAGCUCAACGUAAUCAAGAAUCAUUAGGUGUUUAUGAUGCAGUUCAUGGCAAUGAGAAUUUUUCAUCUUCAAUUGAGGAGGCAGUAAGAAAUCAGGUUUUUGCACCACCCGACGGAGUAGACGGUUCAAGUUUUAGAAGACAGUCAGAUGAGCAGACAUUGCCUUCUAUUUCUACUUCAGAGCCAGAGAACAACAACAAGUCUGUAAACUGGGACAGGACAGACGCUACAGCGGAAGCUCAAUCCAUGGAGUCUCUAGAGUUGCAGAAUAGUUCUAACACCCAUGAUGCUCUUUCUGCUUCCAUUGCGCAACAGGACAGAAAUAUGCCCAAAGUGCUCACGUUCCAGGAAUCUACGUUAAGGCCUCCGCCUCCUGAUGAAAGAACAUUGUUUCGGGAUCAAAUGAGAACCUCGUCUUUCAAUCUUCGUCGGGCUGAUAGUAUGGAGAAGAAAGAGGCUGUACACCGGCCAGUUGCGAACAUCAACGUCGCUGCUAUACUUGAAAAGGCGAAUGCUAUAAGACAGGCCUUCGCUGGAAGUGACGAUGAUGACGAUGGAGAUGACGAUUGGAGUGAUUCGUAAAACGUUUGAAUUCUAACGUUAUUUGUACCGAUAUUAUGCAAAGCUUGGGUUCUGUAGUUAAAAUCCCUCGUUAGCAUGGACUUGUCGAAGGACCAUGAAACCCAUUCACAAAGAAUAGUUAACUCUUUUUGAGUUACUUUUUCCCUCUGAUUCUUCAGCACUCCUUAAUAGCCGAAACUUGGUUGAUUCUCUCGCCCUGCGGCAUCGAGCAGUAUAGGCGCCUGAUGGUGAAGUGGGUUGUUUCCGACAUUUCCCCUUUGCAGGUUUGAAGAGACACCAAGAACCUUGUAGUUUGAAUAUUCCAACCCCAAGUCUUAAUGUUGCCUCAAGUUUAUGACGGACUUAUAGAUGGUUUACGACUUGUGGAGUGGUCCUUCGGUUGGUGCAAUACAGUAACUUUGUAAUUAGUAUACAAGAUGUUCGAAGCUAUGGAAUGGUUUUCAACUUGGAUAUUGAGGACAA